GCUAGGAGUGGGGCUGGGCCUUGGGGCUGCUGGAUGAAUGAGACUCAGCCUCUGCCCUGGGAGUGCAGAGACUCAAGACAGAUAUGACCAUGUGAAGAGACAACUGUAAAACAAGUGGAAUUAGAGAAUAAAAUCCCAGCACGAUGUUUCUCAUUGGAGACACCAGUCCAGCUGAGGACAAUAGAGAAGCCGCCCUUCCUCAAUGUUCACUUCCAGAAUUAUAUGCAUGUAUUGAGAAUUUUAAUAAGGAGAGCAAGAAAUCAAAUCUUCUAAAAAUGCAUCGUAUUUCACUUAACGAAGCACAGGAAGUACUUGCUAAAAACCUGAAUGUCAUGUCGUUCACCAGGGGCACUGAUGUGAGAAGAGAUCUCCAACCUGUUAUCAGGUGCACAGUGGUUAAAAAAGAGAAGCAAGCAUCCAUGACUGAGCUCCUCCACCGCAGCUUACUGGCAAGCUCACUCUCUCCCGUGGAGAGGCUUUCCAGGUCCCAGCAGAGGCUGUCACAGUGUGGGAUCUCCCCUCCCAAGCACACUUUUCCUUAUGAAAUUCUCACCGAUCACUCGAAUGUCUUGGCCCAAGUUACCGUACAAAAGAAGGUUCCAAGCGACAAAAUCUUACGCAGCUUAGGCAUUUCCAGUGCCACCCCGGAAAAGUUCAUUUCUGAAGAUAAACUUCGUAGAUACUUCUUACUUGACCCAGGAUCCUUUUCUCCUCCUUGCUGCUUUCGGUGCUCUGCAGAGCUCUCCAUUUGCACAUUCUGUUAGGAUCCAAGCACAGAAUGAGAUACUCCCUCCACCUGCCGGGGCCCUGCAGAGUCCACUCAAGCCCAGUUAGCCAGACCCACUCAAUUGCUGUUUAGGAGCAGGCUUUACAUGAAAUUGACAUCACAGGUUCUCCCUUAAGUUUAUAAAGCUUUAGGCCGGAUACAGUGGAUCACUCCUGUAAUCCCAGUAUUUUGGGAGUCUGAGGCGGGUGGAUCACCUGAAGUCAGGAGUUUGAGACUAGCCUGGCCAACAUGGUGAAACCCCGUCUCUACUAAAAAUACAAAAAAAGUAGCCGGGUGUGGUGGCGGGCACCUGUCAUCCCAGCUACUCAGGAUGCUGAGGCAGGAGAAUCGUUUGAACCCGGGAGGCGGAGGUUGCGGUGAGCCGAUAUCGCGCCAUUGCACUCCAGCCUGGGCAACAAGAGCAAAACUCCGUCUCAAAAUAAAUAAAUAAAUAAAAAUUAAAAAUAAACCUUUAGAAAUGGCUUUCUGCCAGAAAGAGGGUACUCGAGUUCAUCAAAGGUUUACCCUGUCCAUGAAGCAUCUCUGAGUAAUGAAAGGCUGAGUAACAACACCAUGUGAUUCUUUGAAAAUAUUACUCUUUUCAGGAAAACAAUUCAUGAAUCUAAGGGAUCUGGAAUGGAGAUAUUUUAAGGGGCUUGCGAAGUGGAGGCGCACUACUGCAAUUUCAUUCAGAGACAUAAAAUACAACACUGAGAAGAGAUUUGUAGAGAGCCAGGACAUGCCUGAUAUUAUUUUCCCCCCUAUAGUUCGCAAGUCUUUGGUCAUUUAUCCUCAAACUGAUUAUCAAAAUGAAGGAAGUUAUUGUCUUAAAUGGAAUAUGUAGUGUAUUAAAAUAUUUUGGACAUAGAUUUUUGCUUUUGAGAGCAUUGAUUUAAUACACAAAAAGUAAAGAAGCCAAGUACCCAAUAGAACAUCUGAAGUGAGUGUGUACAACACACAUGAAGGUAUAUUGUAAAAUUAAGCUGUUAAUACGGAGCAAAAGGCCCGAUUUAAUCUGCUAACGUGAGAAGUGGUUUGCAUGGUGCAACCCAUUUGGACCAUGCAACCCAUUUGGACCAGGGCUAAAGCAAAUAUAGGUCAUAUGAAAAGAAAAGGUGUAACCGAAGAACGCUCAAGCAAGCAUAGCUUUUUAAGGAAUUUUAAGCACACAAGGAAGUUCAUCAUCAUAAAAGUAUUUGGUAAAUUCAACAAAUAAAUUAACAUUUGAGCAUAUAGAGAUCAAUAUGAGGAUUUAAAUAUAGUGUAUUAACUGUCCAGUGACGAAGAAGGAAACAGCAUCCAUGAAAUAAGAACAGAAAGAUUUGAAAAAGAACAAAUUGGAAAUCUUGGAAAUGAAAGAUAUAGUCAUUGAAAAUUAUAAUAAUAACCCUUGAUAAUUAUCCCAGUGGUAGCCUGGAUAUAUCUGAAGAGAGAGGGCUAACAAGUUGGAAGACAGCAUUGAAAAGCUUAUAGAUCAUAGCACUGUAAGACAGAAAAAGAAGAGUAUUGGAGGGUAGAGUGAGAAGUUUGGAAAUGUAUACAAUGGAAUUAGCAGAAAAAAAAUAGGAGAAUGGAAAUUAAGUGAUAUGUGAAAAUAAAAUGACAGAAAAGUCUCAAGAAACACAUGAGACCUUGAAAUGAAAAUUCUCAGACUGAUUAGCAAGAUAUUGAAAAUAAAUCUAUACUCAGAAAUACUGUAGCAAAACUAUGGACCACUAAGCAGUAAAGGAAAAUAUAAUCUGUGAAAGAGAGAUGGAUUACAUACAAAGAAAUGACAAAUUGACAAUAGAAUGCUCAUUAACAAUAGAGGUCAGAGGACAAUAGUGCCAUAUACUUACAAUGCUGAAGGAAAAUAGCUGUCUGUAAUUCCAUAAGCAGCCAAACUCUCUCUGAGGAGUAGGGGUAAAAUAAAUAUGUUAAAAAAUACAUGAGCCUAAAAAUGUUUACUAUCCAUAAUUCCGUGCUUAAAAAAAACUACUAAUAAAGUAUGUAUUUUAGUAAGAACCCAGAGGGAAUGCAAGAAAUAAUGGCAAGCAAAUUGUUAACAAUAUAUGUGUGUAUGAUUGUGUAGAUAUUAAAAUAUAU